AUGAUAAGAACAUUAAUCUCGAUAAGGAGGGCCUCUACUGGCGCGUACAAAGGUGCCAGUCAGAUCUCUAUACCCAGAAGGCCUUUAAAAAAGAUACGUCUCGGGAAGGCAAGACCUGCGAUUUACCACCAGUUUGACGUACAUGUAGAAUUAAGCGAUGGUAGCGUGAUAGUGAGAAAGUCGCAAUUUCCUAAAGACCAAAUCAGACUAAUUCAGGAUCAAAGGAAUAAUCCUCUCUGGAACCCAAGUAGAGAUGACUUGGUGAUUGUAGAUGCCACUGCGGGUGGCAGUCUGGAUAAGUUCAAGCAAAGGUACAGCUCUAUAUUCUCUAUAGAGGAAGAUCCGAAGACUCCUGAUAAUGAAACUGCCAUGAAGACAAAAUCCGAAAUACCAAGUAAAGGAGAGGAAAAUGCAGAAAUCGCUACUGAAGACACAGCAUUAGAGAUAGAUGACUAUUUGUCUUUACUCGAUGAUAGCUCCAAACAAAUCAGUACAGGUAAGCUGGCAACAAAGAAGAAACCAAAGAAAUAG